UAAUAUAUUUGCAUUUACUCACUGUUUCUCACUUAGUUACAUUCUACCUUUUACAUUCAAUCUGAAAACUUCGAUUGAUAUGGAUAAUAUAUUUUAAUUCUAUGGUGUCCUUUAAUUUAUAGCUUUCUUCAGCAAAUUUGUGUAUCACUUAAUAGUUUUCCUAACAGAUGUGCAACCAGGUCAGCCGUAAGGCUCUGGCGGAAGUCCACAAUUAGAGGGGAAUAUAUUUUUCCCUAUGUUUUCUUUAAAUACGAACACCCUGUAUUCGGGUCGUUAGUACAUCUGUCAGGUAAAAAGGUAAGAGAUAUUUUCAUCCAAUUAAUUUUAAAAUGCCAUCGAGCCUACUAGCACGAAGCAUCAAACUACCGCGUCGGCGCCGCGACCGCCUGUGGCCAAUCUGUCGGCCCGUCUCCUUGUAAGAUAAUCUAGUUUGGGCCCUGAGAUUGUAGGGUGUACUGCUGCUUCUCCCCUCCUCUUCCUGCCGAUCUCCGGCUGUAAUAAAGAAGUCAAACAUGAAUUUGGUUCAAGUGCGCCAUGAAAACUCCAAGGGGCUGCAUCAAGUGGGUUCGCUUAACCAUGGAAAGCAAGUUUGACAUUUUGACAAGCCCAUGGGAUGGGAGUAGCUCAAAUAUUGGUAUUCCUAUUUUUUUGGCGAGUCUUUAUUUUAUCUUGGAGUAGUAACUAAUAGACUUACUGGGCGGGUGGGCCUGGAGCAGCUUGGGGGCCUGGGGCCGCUUGGAGGCAAAUUGGAGCAAGCGGAGGUCAAAUUCCUCGGCCACCACCCUCCGGAGGUCGGUGACCGAGACGAUAAAGUGGACCCGGAGUUGAGUCAAGUUGUCGGGGGCCUCCCUCUCCCUCCGGAACGCGUCUGGUUCGCGUAAAAUCCUGCACAAAAGACAGCAGACACUCAAAGUUUGGCAAAGACAGGCAAAGUCAGACAAGAGCAUGACCGGGCAAUCGUAUGGGGUCGGAUAUGGGGGCCAGCCUCUCAGUGGGGAACCUCUUGGAGAAGACGAAGACUCCCCCAUCGGUGAUACUCUGGGAGACCAACUUGGGGACCAACUUGGUGACCCGAAAGAAGAUCUCACCGAGGAGACGUCCGAAGCCACCCCGUAAGGGUACCAUUGCCUGGGUGGCAUGGCCAGGAUGGCCUCAUCUACCACAUGGACUUCGCAUCGGCUCCGAGUCCACUUGCUCCAACUACUCCAUUUCCGCUCCAUGGACUCCUCACAUGAUCAGGGACAACUGGGUGGACGUGACUAACGUUCCCCCAAAAGGAGAGUGCUGA